AUGAGUAAUAAAACUGUGUUAAUUUUCCUACGUGGAUACAAUGUGCGUGAUCGCCGUAGCAGCGAGGAGCAACCAAAUCCGGCCCGGACACACGGACACCAUCACGAUCAUCACGCGAAGCAGCAUCAGCAUCAGGCGCCUCAUCAGGCGCACCUGCACAAGGCCGCACACGACAAACAGUUGGCGCUGCCCGAGGAGAAGCCUCUGCAAGAUGAGGCGCACUAUGGAGACGACGAAGAUGAUGAUGAUGAUGCUGAUGGCGAUGAGGAGGAGGACGCUGAUGAGAAGCAUGACGGCAUUGAUGGCAUUGAUGGGUUCAAUUUGCAGGCCGACUUACUAAACAAUACCAAAUACGCUGAAGUCGAUUUCGUGUUCUUCAAUCGCGUACCCAAGGUGGGCAGCCAAUCGCUGAUGGAGCUGAUGGCCCGCCUGGGCAAGAUCAAUGGGUUCAGUCAUGCCCGCAACAAGGGCAGUGCCCACGAAACUGUCCUGAUGAACAAGCAGCACCAGAACGAUUUGCUUUCCGAUCUGCUGACGCGGCCCAAGCCGCACAUCUACAGCCAGCACAUAGCGUACAUCAACUUCACCAGAUUCCAUCUGCCGCGUCCCAUCUACAUCAAUCUGGUGCGCGAUCCCAUCGAUCGCAUCAUCAGCUGGCAUUACUACAUCCGUGCCCGCUGGUACUAUCGCGACAUGCAGGCCAAGCUGGGUGACAAAGCGCCGGCCAUGCCCGCGGACGAGUUCCUAGACAUGGAUCUGGACACAUGUGUGCGCAAUCACGAUCCCCACUGUACCUUCAAUCAAAUGCAGACCAAGAACGAGGCGGGUGACCACCGUCGUCAGACCUUGUUCUUCUGCGGCAUGAAUCAGAAGUUGUGCAUGCCCUUCAAUUCGGUGGUGGCCAUGCAGAAGGCCAAGCGCACUGUCGAGUCGGAAUAUGCCGUCGUUGGCACCUGGGAGGACACAAAUAUUACGCUAUCGGUGCUGGAGGCCUACAUACCGCGCUAUUUCCGCAAUGCCAAGGUGGCCUACUAUCUGGGCAAAGAUCGUCUGUCGCGCGUCAAUCGCAAUAAUGUCACACGCAUCGUGAGCGAUGAAACGCGCCUGAUCCUGCGCCAGAAUCUGACCAACGAAAUUGAGUUCUAUGAGUUCUGCAAGCAGCGUUUGUAUCUGCAGUAUGCGGCGCUGAGUCACGGCAAGGGCUUCGGGGAGGAUGACUAUCUGCUGGUGCCCGAACAGCGCAACGACUACAACGAGGAGUAUUAGGGGACAGAACCGAAACGAACCGAACAGAACCGAAAGACUAGCAUCCGUAGGAACAAAAAUUCAAAAUAAAUUUCUAUUAGAUCUAAGCUAAGCCAUGUCCACAAUACUAGUAUGAUU